AUGUCUUUCUAUUUCUCAUCUGCAUCAGUUGUAAUAAUGCAAAAAGACUUUAUCCAAGAACUCGGUAGAAUAUUUGUGUCAUGGCUUGAAGCAGUUGCUAUGGCACCUGUGCCUGUGGACCAAAUCGACAAUCUAAUCUAUUCCCAUAUGACAAUGUCAACUAUUAAUAGAAUUGUUCUACAAGUGAACCAAAAGAAUACCAACAUCAAACUUUACUUUUUAAAUACCAAAGAUGUAUCAUACAAAUACACCGAUUUACACCUUGACGACUAUUUCGUUCUAAAGCCUAGAAAUGGUAAUACCUAUUGGCUUCCCACCGAUUCCAACAAAUACAAACAAGAAUUGAUUGGAUUAAUCAAUUGGUCAACAUCUUAUCUCUCCACCACCACCACACCUACAUCUCUUUCUACAAAGACCAAUGAUCAGUUCAAAUGGCAGUCACAUUUCAACUGGGAUACCAAACAACUUGAAUUGCAGCUGAUAUCUUAUUGGUUGAAAGAGAAGAUCAUCUUUUGCGAAGAGUGUGCUGAAGCAGAACUAUACUCUCAUUAUUAUUAUUAUUAUUAA